UAGAUCCUCAUUCGCCGUUCUCGCCUCUCUCUCUGUCUCUCUCUCCAAUUCCCACAACCAGGUCUAAGAGAGAGAAACCCUCAAAAAAAUCAACUCUCUUUCUAGGGUUCCACACUGUUAAUCCACCACCAUGUACAGAAGCGCAGCUUCACGCCUCCGUUCUCUCAAGGGUCGGGUGGGAAACAGGUCACUAAUCAGGUCUGCAAGUUCAAGUGCUGUUGCUACAUCGUCAUCUUCUUCUUCAGGGGGUCUCUUUAGCUGGUUGACGGGAGAAAGGUCAAGUUCCCUCCCCCCUCUACAAGUUAGUCUUCAAGGUGUUACCUUUCCACCUCCAUUGCCCGACUAUGUUGAACCUGGCAAGACAAAGAUUACAACACUGCCAAAUGGUGUCAAAAUCGCCUCAGAAACAUCUGCUAAUCCUGCUGCCUCAAUUGGGUUGUACGUUCAUAGUGGCUCAAUAUUUGAGACACCUGAUUCAUUUGGGGCUACACACCUCUUGGAGCGCAUGGCUUUUAAGAGCACAAGUAACAGGAGUCACUUGCGCAUUGUCCGGGAAGUGGAAGCAAUUGGUGGUAAUGUAACAGCCUCAGCUUCUAGGGAGCAGAUGGGGUACACUUAUGAUGCUCUCAAGACUUAUGUUCCUCAUAUGGUAGAAUUGCUCGUUGACUGUGUGAGGAACCCUGUCUUCUUGGAUUGGGAGGUGAAUGAGCAGCUUCGGAAGGUGAAAGCUGAGAUUGCAGAAGCAGCUAACAAUCCACAAGGCCUGCUUUUGGAGGCAAUACACACUGCUGGUUAUUCCGGUGCACUUGCAAAUCCUCUUUUGGCACCCGAGUCUGCAGUAGACAGUUUGAAUAGCUCAAUUUUGGAGUAUUUUGUAGCCGAAAACUAUACUGCUCCACGAAUGGUCCUUGCAGCUUCUGGUGUUGAACAUGAGGAUCUGUUAAAGAUUGCAGAACCACUUCUUUCGGACUUGCCCAUUGUAUCUCGUCCUGAGGAGCCAAAGUCUGUGUAUGUUGGAGGUGAUUACCGCUGUCAAGGGGAACCAGGGAAAACUCAUUUUGCUCUUGCCUUUGAAGCUCCGGGUGGGUGGGUUAAGGAGAAGGAAGCUAUGGUGUUGACUGUACUGCAGAUGCUAAUGGGAGGAGGUGGAUCUUUCUCAGCUGGGGGCCCUGGAAAAGGGAUGUACUCACGGUUAUAUCUUCGUGUCUUGAAUGAGUAUCCACAAAUACAUGCGUUUUCUGCCUUCAACAGCAUCUAUGACCAUACUGGUUUAUUUGGAAUUCAAGCUACCACUAGCCCCGAUUUUGUUUCAAAGGCCAUUGAUAUAGCUGUUAAAGAACUUAUUGCGGUUGCCACGCCUGGAGAAGUCGACCAGGUACAGCUGGAUCGUGCUAAGCAGUCGACAAAGUCUGCCAUUCUUAUGAACCUUGAAUCCAGAAUGAUUGUGUCAGAAGAUAUCGGUAGACAAAUUUUGACUUAUGGAGAGAGGAAACCUGUGGAGCAUUUCUUGAAAGCCGUGGAUGAAGUUUCAGCGAAGGAUAUUGCUGCCAUUGCUCAGAAGCUUAUUUCUUCCCCUCUUACGAUGGCAUCUCACGGAGACGUGAUUAAUGUCCCAAGCUACGACACAGUUAGCAGCAAGUUCCGUCUAUAACGGAAUUGGCCCAUUAACGGAAUUGAUUCACGCUGGGGAGUCGCAGCAUCUUUUGUCAUUGAUUCUUAGGAACUGCAUGUCUUUGAGCUGUCUUGCACAUCUAAUACCGUGGAAAAUAAAAAGAAACUUCACUUGGUUUUUGCAAUAAUCUAGUAAUGCUGGUAAGCAGCUUUUUGAUCCUAAAUUCCUUCUUGUAUACCUUUGUAAUUUUUUGGUGGCAGUCUUUUUAUGGUUCUGACAAAUGGGUUUUCCUGUUUGACAUGUAAUUGUUCAUUUCUUUUCUUACUGAGACGCAUCGCAGACUCUGUUUCUGCUGGUAGUCACAUGAAUCCUUCUUUCAAAUCAAUCUGUUUUUCUUGUUUCUACUUACAAA